UCGGUGCGAUCAGCUGGCCUGUCAAAAUAUUACGCAGUGCGUGUGGCUAUAUGUUUGUGUUCGUGCGUUGCUACGCCAGACGUUGAAGAAGACGAUGGCAGCCAAGAUGGAGCUCGCGCCCCUCAGGCCGUGGGAUGAUUUCUACCCCGGAGUGGACCGGUUCGCCAAACCCGAGUUCGGAGAUUUAACAAAGUGGAACAACAGAGUGAUCAGUAACUUGCUGUACUACCAGACGAAUUAUUUCGCAGCAGCUGUGGUGGUCUUCCUCAUUGUAGGGUUCCUGAACCCAUUCGGCAUGUUUCUGGGAGGAGCUGUGGUGUCUCUCGUCUUCAUGGUUUCAGUGUGGGCAGGAGAGAACCAGGUCAUGGUCAAGAACUUCAAAAGGAAGAACCCCACUCUGUUCAUCAUUGUGGUCAUGGUCACCAGUUACUUUCUGCUGUCGCUGUGUGGUGGCGUCAUGGUCUUCAUCUUUGGAAUCACCUUCCCAUUGCUGUUGAUUCUGAUCCACGCCUCUCUGAGACUGCGCAACAUGAAGAACAGACUGGAGAACAAUAUUCAGAGUGUCGGGCUGAAGAAGACCCCCAUGGGCGUCAUCAUGGAUCUCCUGGAUCAGCAGGAGGAGAAAAUGAACAAGGUUCGGGAUUUUCUUGAAAGCAAACUGAAGGAAUGAGUCUCGAGCCAAACGUGUGCCAAGGGAAGUCGGUGUCAUAUUGUAUGAAUUAAAAUGUCCACAGCCCACUCCCAUGUGUUGAGUUUUUAUCCCCUCUGUACAUGUAAAGUUACUGAUGUUUGCAUUUCCGUUCUUUUAUCCAUUCGGUUUACUUUGUUCUCUCAUACUUUUGUGUGACUUUACUCACAGAUAGAUAGUUAAACAUUAUAACAAGAUUUGCACAAUCACAGCGUGGAUUGGAUGUUAAAAGGCAGUGGGCACCAAAAGUUACCAAAGGUCAUUCCUGUGUCAAAAUUUUUUUUUCCAAAAACAAAUCAAGUAUUUAUUUUAGCAAAAUAAAGCAGAAUGUCAAAACACAAUAUCUAAAGCUGUUAUUAGAUACGAAUUAUGUUUGUUCAAAAGAAUAAAUCGGAUCCUUUCAGUUUGCUACCUCAAAACAAGCUUGUUUAAUUUACCCAACACCCAGUGAACUGUUACCGGCUUAUUAACCAGCAAUAACGGCCAUCUCGUCACGUCAGGAGCUGUAUGAAUACUGAUCUGAGACCAGUUUGGUUAUAGAAAUGGUGUCCCGGCCUGACUAGUAAUUGUGGAGUUUAAAUAUUUCUGACCUUACAGGCUGGCCUGACUGUAUUCCUUCUGAUCACAGCUAUGCAAUAUUAAAAAUCAAUGGCAAGUGCAGCUUUAUUUUUUUUAAUAUUUUAUGUCAUGAUAUGUAAAUGUUUGUUAUUUCUGACAUCUUUAUUUUCAUAAUAUAGCAUGCAGACAUGUAUAAAAUGGGCUACAGGAUACAAAGUAGCCAACAUCAUUUUGGCAAUAAGUAACAAUUACUAAUUAAAUUAAUUAAAUGAUCAUGCUAGUAUUUUCCCAUUCACUGUUGGGAUCAAAGCCCUUAUUCUAGUAAGAAAACAAAUCUGAAAUCUGUAAUAAGUGUUCAUUUUCUACUGUUACUCCUGAAGAUCUGUUGUUUCCUUUUACUUCUCCACACCUGCACAUUAACUGCAGUUUGUGCAUGCUACCCUCACAAAUGGCACUUCAAAAAGUGUGUGUUACAUUGAUGCUAUAUUAUAUAUUUUUGGUUUUUAUGUGACUUUUUCAUUCUUGAAAAGUGAUGAUUGAAUCACAGAACUGGAAGCAAAACAUGGCUGUCCUCUAUAAAACAAAUAUUUACCUAAUUUAUGUUGCAGUCAUUUCCCAAUUCCGUCUCUGUGUGAAUAUAUAGACAUUCAUUAUUUAUAAAAUAAAGUUUUUGUGUUAUUUGG